AGUUUUUUUUUUCAAAGCAUUUACGAAAGUUUAGUGAGGAAGAAAAUCGAAAUGGUCGAAACAGCAUCAGUUCAAGUUGCCGCUGCACCAGCUCCGGCAAAGGUAAAGGCACCAAAAGCGAAGAGACCCGCAUCAAAACCAACGCAUCCACCAACCGCCACUUUGGUUACCGGUGCCAUCAAAGCGUUGAAAGAACGUAGUGGAUCAUCGUUGCAGGCUAUCAAGAAGUACAUCGCCCAAAACGAUAAGGUUGAUGCCGAUAAAUUGUCACCAUUUAUCAAGAAGUACUUGAAGAAGGCAACGGCAAGCGGUAAUUUGGUUCAAACCAAAGGAAAAGGCGCCAGCGGUUCGUUCAAAUUGUCGGCUGCAUCUUUGAAACCAAAGGUUGAAAAGAAGAAGAAGAAGCCUGUGGCGAAGAAAGCAGCUGGAGUCAAGAAAGCUGCUGGAGCGAAGAAAGUGGCCAAACCAAAAGCCAAGAAGACAGAUAAGCCCAAGAAGAAGUUGGCUCCAAAGCAAAAAUCGCUUAAACCAUCAAAAGCGAAGCCAAAAGCACCCAAACCGAAGAAAGCGCAGGCCAAAAAACCAGUCACGGCCGCUAAAAAACCAGCACCAAAACCAGCAGCAAAGUAAAUUCAUCAGUUCAUAAAAAUAAUUCUCAUCCGAUAAUGGAAAUACCAAAAAAAAGCCCUAAUUUCAAAUUAGGGCACCAAACG